GUGCCUUCGCGCUCGUGUAGGACGGACGUACGCACCUCUUUUACGUCUCUGAAUUUACUUCACGUAACAAGUUUGUUGAUCGAAUUCUUUCUAAAGUUUACAUUGCAAUUUAUGCCCACAAUGGACUUACAAAAAUUCGCAAUCUUACAAUAUUUUGGACGCUUUUAGAAAUGUUGAGAAAACUUUUCAAGUGUAUUUAGUGUGUUACAUUAUCUUAUAUGAAUGUAAGCGUAACGCAGGUGAAACAAAAACGCAUGUGCAUUGUUUUUUGUUGAAAAGGAAAGACGUUUACCGUUGAGGAGGCAGAAUUUGAAUCUCUUGUUUUUUAUUGUUUAUACGGACAAGCGACAAACGCGUUGAAAAGAGACAAGAUGAGGUCCUUUCGUGUGGGAACGACAGGUGUGGCGGCGCUCGCGCUUAUGUUGGCAGUUAUAACAGGAUGCACAGCACAGAACCUCAGGAUAUUCCCAAUGCAGAAGCAGCAGACGGUGGCCGUGGGCAAGUCCGUGGUGCUGACGUGCCAGGCGGACGCGUCCGACCCGGCGCUCGUCACGCAGCCGCAGUGGAGGGACCCUAAGGGACAGAUUAUAAACGAGGCUGCGCCCGGCACGAGACCCGAAAUUUACACAGAGCCAAUGCCCGCGAAACAACUGCAGCUGCUAUACAUAUCGUCAAUCACUCCGGCGAUGGCAGGCAAUUACACUUGCGAAGCGACCUUUACCAACGUGCCUCUCAGUGCUAGCGUCGUGCUCGACACUUUCGUGGCAAUAACUUGGACGAAUGCUAAUGAAAACCAGUACGCGACAAAAGGAAAAGAUUUCAAAGUAAUGUGUGAAGUAACUGCUGAGCCGGCGCCUUCAGUGGACUGGUUCAAAGAGGGUACUCCGAUUCUAACUGGUGACAGAUACGUAAUUCAUGCGAAUGGCUUGAUGAUAAAGAAUGUUGAGGAAAGUGAUGAUGGCACGUACACAUGCAGAGCGGUUGUCAUACAAACCGGUGAAUUGGCUGAAAGGAAUAUAAAGCUAGAGGUAUAUACAGCGCCAGAAAUGGAGGAAAGGGAAACAAAGGUUACGAUCAAGGAAGGCACUUCAGCAGCCAUUACCUGUAAAGCAAGGGGCAAACCACCACCAACCUAUUCUUGGAUUAAGGCUUCUACUCGCGAGAAUUUGGGAACAGCAUCACGUUUCAGCGUCAACGAAAUUAAUGGUCUACUUACAUUUGAUCGAGUGGAGGCGGGCGACUACGGGAAAUAUAUUUGCAGCGCCGUCAACCAAGCUGGUCAUAAUGAGACUGAAAUUGAAGUGGAAGUUCUAGUGCCGCCUAGAAUAUUCGAGCUUUAUAACAUAACGGCUGCUGAGAAGACUGAAGGAAGGUUGGAGUGUAAGGCCACUGGUAGACCAGCGCCAAGGAUCAGUUUCAGGAAACUCAGCAAUUCGGAACGGUUCUUGAAUGGCCCGAACGAUGAUGGAAGAAUUACUAUCGAAACGAGCGAUCGUCAAACUGGUGAUCAAAUGCAAUCGAGUGCUAUUAUAACCAUUGCUAAUUUGAAUAGAACCGACGAUGGUUUAUAUGAAUGUGUUGCUGAAAACGAAGGUGGAGAAGCAAGAAAGAAUGGUCAUUUAACAGUACAAUUCAAGCCAACUUUUGCGCACAUGACGAACGUGCCUAUUUGGAGCUGGAACUCCCAACCUGUCAAUAUCAGUUGUAUAGCUGAGAGUAUUCCUAAUGCAACUAUUAAAUGGAGAUUCCACGACAUUGACUUAGUCGAGUCCCCACAAGUAAGGAUCUACGGCUCGGGACCCAUCAGUUAUGUCACAGUGACGCCAACCGACAGGUCCCUGUACGGGGUCUACAAAUGCAUUGCCACUAACUCUAUGGGAGAAGCGGAACAUAUCAUUCAGUUGCGAGAGGCUUUCCCGCCUGGACCUGUUGUGCAGGCCAAACAAGAAACAAUAACAGCCACAUCAGUUUCAUUCAGCAUAGUCGGUCCCGCUGAAGACAUGGGCCCACCAAUCUUGGCUUACACCACUCAAUACAAAGAAAACGGCAACUUCGACUGGAAUCUCGCUAUGAACAGAACUUGGUCCUUCAAUUCUCCGUAUAUUAUUGAGAAUUUAAGGCCAAUGUUCACGUACGACUUUAGAUUCGCAGCCGUCAACCAAGUCGGUGUUGGUAGCUGGGGUUCUUCUAUCACCGUUAUUAUGCCUCGUCGAUCACCACCAGAACAACCUAAAUGGAGGGAAUCGAUUAGUUCUGAGUCACUUAUCCACGGAAAAUAUGCAGAUAAAUACGAAUUGCAAUGGAAAGUUCCUGCUCAUAAUGGUGAACCCAUCGAUAUGUAUGAGAUUAGCUAUUGCCCAGUGCUAAAAGUGAGCGGAGAAUGGCGAGUAUCGGGCGAAUCCGACUGUGUCACUGAAGAGCUAAAGUCUUACGAAGCGAUUAACUAUGAAGUGCGUGGUCUCCGCCCGGACACGCGCUACCGCAUGCACGUGCGCGCGCACAAUAUCCUCGGCUAUUCCCUCCCAGCACAGCUCUACGUGCAAACCGCCCUCGGUGUGGAAAGGUCUGGAUUUGCUCCACCUCAACUGCUGUCCAGUGGAUCAAUUAUAGGGAUUGCAUUGGCCGGCGUUCUUCUGUGCUUGCUCAUUGUGGACCUCCUUCUAUUCUGCUUUAGACGUCAAGGUGUCAUUGCUACCAUUUGUGGCAAGCGAGUUAAGACUCAUAAGGAUGACGAGGCCAAAUUGGGAAGGGAUGAAAAGGAACCAUUGAAGGACGUGGAUGAUGCUAUCAAGAGGAAUUCAUCAGUUGAAUUUGACGGUCGUCGGGUUUACGCUACUAGCGGCGGGCCCAUUAUAGGAAAGAAUUCCGCCGUAUAAGAGAAAUGUAUCGAAUGAAAUGGUUUGAAUUCGUCAAUAUUGGUUUGGAUGUGGAUUUCGAUGUAUAGGCCGCCCUACAUUCCACAAGAAUGUUAUUUCUCGAACCCAAAUUUCGCGCGCUUUUCCGACUAAAUUCCCGCCUUUUUUCACGACUGAUGUGAAUGAACUUAAAAGUAAUGUUACAGUUAAAUGACCUAUUUGCGAAUGUAGUGUGGCCAAGAAUAAUAUUUGUUAAUGGAUGCUUGUGUAUUUGUGAGCGCGACCAGUAUUUUUAACUGCCAAAAGACGAAUUAUAAUUAUUGUAAGUGCGUAAUUAUUGAUAGGUGUUGUACGUUUUUUAAUAUAAAAGAGAACAUUUUGUUUACAACUCUUGCACAUUUUGAAAAUCAAUAGAUGUUUUAUCGCGUGAAUUUAUUCAUAUUUAAAUCCAUUUGAAAGUAAGAGUAAUACGAUUUUUAAAGCAACAGCUGCUUUCUAAGGUACAAAUGUGCCUUUCAGGUUACAUACUCGUCUAGUGAGGGUAACUGCUGCAUAAGAUUUAUAUGUAAAUAAUAUAACAUAAGUUUAGGUUAGACUAGGUAUUAAAAUAACUGAAAACUUUAACCUAUUUCUCAUUUUUUUAUAUUUAUACACAUUUUUAAUCCGUUGAUUUUUAUAUUUCGUAUAUAAUAUUAAUUUAAUCGAACAAUAACGUAUAUAACUACAGUCAUCAUUUAAUAUAAGUAGCUUUGCUUUUUACUCUUUACGUACCUAAGUUAAAAUUAAACAUCAUGUAGGAUAGAACCCGCAUUUAAUGUUAUCAUAAGAUGUAAAUAUAGUCAAUAAAUUAUGUAAAUACCUCUGUACGAUUAUGUUUCUUAUAAUUUUGUUACAAUUUUAAGUUUGUCGAAACCUCGAUUCUCUUUAGACUUAAGUACUUAGGAGGCUCGUUCAUUCUCAUUAGAUUUUAAAUCUACUUACAAAUAUACUUAAUUUAUGUUUCUAGAUUUAUGUGGAUUAAUAAUUAGUUAAAUGAACAAGACAUUUUAUAUUAAAGUAAUUCUUUAUCUCUUAUAUUUACUGAGCACCUGUUCUAUACAUUAAGACUUAUUUAGACAGGCUCUCUAAAAUCAGAUAACUUCAAGAUUUAAUAAUAAGAGUGAAAGAAUCACAUAGCAUUUUCUAUAACAAAAUAAUAUAUCGUAGUUAUAUUAAACACACCACUUUUAUACUACACAGAACUUUUCAAACAUACACAUUAUUAUAUUAUUCAUACCUUUAAGUACCAACGUAUUUAUAGUUCUUUAAUAUAUUAUGAUUUAUAAAGCAGGCGCAGUUGCAAUGUAUCGUAUCAGUAUCUAUCGUAAAAUUAGAUAUAAAAAUGGAAGCUUAUAUAUAUUUAUAUUUCAAUGUCAUUGCUUCAAAUGUAACUCGCAUGAGUCUCGUGGAUGCAAGCUUUAUGAGACGUUAUAAGUGAACAACUACGCAUUUUUAUAAAAUAAAUGUAUUAAAAAUA